CGGCGUUAAAUCUGGUCAUAUUAAUAUUAUGUCAUGUCGUUUAGUUCACGGAAUUUAACAGAUGUAUUGCCUAUUUUUCGGAAUGAAAUAUUUGAAGAUGUUGUUCUUGGUAACUAUGGAGACAUCUGCAAGGUAUGGCUUGUUCCAGGUCACCUAUUAGUCAGUUGUGACAAUGGAUCCAAGUUACAUGCCCUUGACUGUGUACCUGCCAAUAGACACCAGAACACGACAGACCAAGGACCAGGUUUUGAGAAUCUGUCACCGCCGGUGUUAGACAUCAUUGUAUCAGAGCUGUAUGCUGAUGUGAUUUUUAUUGUUCAGCAGAAUGGACACGUGCAGUGUUGGCAGUACACCGAGUAUUUCUCAUGGGAUCGGCUGGUGGACUUUGACAUCUGUAACACGACCGGAACCGAGGUCGUCAGUGUGUGUGUCCACCCGACCCACAACCUCAUGUACUGGUGUGAGAGGAGAACCUCCAACCUCACCACACCUCUCUACUGUGUCUGCAAGAGAAGUCUACCUCAAGAUGUGUAUGGCUUGAAGAAAAAGGAUGUUGGGUCAGCUGUUGCCGUGGUACACAACUGUCCCGCUUGUGACGUCUUUCCAGUCGGAAACAAUCUCUUUAUUUCAUCGAGACAUCCUGGCGAUGGUGUGCAUGUCAGUCUGGUCAUCAACCCUGACACUGAUCUCGUCAGUCUGUUUGUUGGGGACUCGAAACUUGAACUGAACAAGUUUUCUUCGUCUCAUGUUGUUGAUUUGCGUGCAGUGCUAGUACAGUGUCUGUCUGCUGUUACUAAGAGUAAUCAGCUGAGGGGAACUGUCGGUGUACAGUUUGACCCCAUGUCACAGACAACAGCUGUUGUGUAUGAAGACGGAAAUGUCAGACUCUACCACUGUGAGACGGAUAAGAAAACUGACGUUGUGGUGACAUCAGGCACCUUGCCUCAUCAUCCAGGUGAGAUGGAUACCAACCGCUGGUUUGUGACCAAACAUGUCAUUGGAGUUGUCGACAGCAGCACUGUCAGGCUGUUUGAUGUGGUCAAAGGAUGUCAGCUGCCAGAGGUUACCUCCCCUGAUGGCUCAGACAUUGAAGGUAUCAUAGUGUCGACAACGUCAACAGUUACUGCCGGAUUUUAUACAAAGACCAACUUCUUUUUGAUACAGAGAGAUUCCCACAAAGACCACCCUACAGACUUCAGUUCCAUCUCGGAGACGCAGAAUUUUCAGACUGAGGCUCUUCAUAUUGCUUACCUCAUUGAGAUACGUCACACUGAACAGUUGCCAGAAACAAAGAAGAAACUUGAUGAGUUACACAAGAUUUGGAAGGACAAACAAACAAGACCAACAAAAUCUAAACUGUCCCAGUUAGUAGAUCCUUAUUUAUUUGAAUUCUGGAGACUGGAGGAAAUGACCGGAAGUAUUUUUGAUGAUGGAGAAGUGUCUACGGAUUGUGGGGAUGUCAGUCCAAGAUCAGAAAUUCUCGACCGAUCUCAGUCUCUGGUUACCCAGGAAGCCAGGUUGCUAUGGAUGAGUGAGAAAUCGCCAAAUGAUGUGUUACAAGUUCUGUGUGAGGGAUUGCAGUUUGACACAGAUGACGAUGUUGAGUCAGAAGACAUGUCGCGGUGGCUCACUGUGCUGGGUCUGGACGAUGACGGGGCUGUUCAAGGGGGAAGUAACUCUCUCAUCUUCGAUCACAUCUGUCGUCUGCUGUUCAAACUGGAGCCUUCUCGUCUGAUUGUGUUUGUGAGAUGUGCACAGAGAGUGAGUGAGCAGACCAUCGGGGUGUCGGCUUUCGUGAGAAAGAAACACACGAGCCUGUAUUACAAGAGAGCUGUGGGUUGUCUGCCCGAUCCCAGCAUGUCAUGUAACCCCGACACAGCCAGUCAGGUUACAGCACAGCUUAUUCGAGCCUGUGGCGAGGAGCAUGACCCUGAGAGAGCCCUCAAGCUGCUGCUGCAGUACAAACAGUGGCAGGCGUCCAUCACUCUCGUCAAACAGCAGGACGAGAAGUCACAGCUCCGGGCCUGUCUCCUGUACAUCACACUGUCUCACCUGGCUCAGCACCAAAUACUGGCUCAGUUUGCUGAGGAUAUUUUCUCAAUGGUUCCAACAUGGCAGAGCUUCCUGACACUGUCAGAUGUGAUCACGGGACAGCCUGACAUCCGACAGAGACAGCUGUCCAACUCCGCGCCAGACGUCAUGUGUCGCGGUCCACCAGACAUUUCACUGGGAGCCGUCAGACCUCUCUUGCUGCAACUCUUACAGCAGCACACCGCAACAGAGUAAUCAUUGUCCGGUGAUACUUUAUGUCUUUCGUUGUCACUGGAGAAAUCCGGUGUGGAGAAAACAGUCUUCACUUGACAAAACAUGAUCAGUUGGGUCAGGUCACAGCCAAACUACAGUAUGUGAUACAGUAUCCUAUGAGAUACUGACAGUAUUACAUGGAUGUAAUUAACCUAGGAGAUACCAAGAGCAAUUACUGAAUGAUAUUCUGAGAAUAUUACAUGUAUACAAUUAUGGUGCCUUUGGAAGGGUGGCUGUCUUUGGAUACAUAGUUAUGGAAGUUUUUGUGGCUGUUUGGGUUCGUGGAUGUGUGGCUGUCUAGUUUUGUGGCUGUCAAAUUAUAGCUGUAUGUGAGUGUGUGUCUUUGUGGGGUGGAUGAGAAUUUGGUGUCCAAGGGUGGAUUUGUGGGCAUUGGUAAGAAUGUGUCGGUCAUUAAUGAAUAUAUUAAAAAUGGUUGGUGAUAACAUACGCUUUUGCCAUAAUCCAAUGUUUGAAUGGAAUAGUGUUAAGCAGCUUGUUUUUGUUUGAACACUGUAAAUUACAUUUAAAUUAUUGAUUAUGUUUAAUAUAUUUCCUGUAAUUUCCAUCAAUGCAACUUUGUGGAAUAAUUUUUGUCUGUUAACAUAAUCAAAUGCCAGUUUAAAUUCAACAAUACAUGCA